AUGGUCUUACCUAAGAGCAAGAACGCCGUUGGGCUCGGCAACAGCCUGAUGAACGACCGCUUCAAGUCGAAGAACUCCAACAUGCACCGCACAUCCGCUUCCAACCAGCCUGGUUCCAUCACGCGGACCGACCAGUCCGGCAACUCCUAUAUCACGCCCGCCAAGAAGGAGGCAGAAUGGAUGAAGAUGCGCUCGGUCACGGAGCAAGGCGCGUUGGACGAAUUCCUUUCUACAGCAGAGCUGGCUGGUACAGACUUCACGGCGGAGAAGAUGAACAACGUCAAGAUUAUCCACCGCGACCAGAAAAAUCCGUACCUGCUUUCGCGGGAGGAAGAGAGAGGAGUGGUGAGGAAGCAGAAUGCGAAGCGUGCGCGUCUGACGGUGCCACGGCGACCGAAGUGGGAUGAGAAUACGACAGCUCGAGAUUUAGACGACAGAGAGAGGGCAAGCUUGCUGGACUGGAGAAGGGGGCUGGCGGAGCUACAAGAGGUGGAUGAUCUGUUGAUGACACCGUUUGAGCGAAAUCUGGAGGUUUGGAGGCAGCUGUGGAGAGUCAUCGAGAGGUGUGACCUGGUUGUACAGAUCGUGGAUGCCAGAAAUCCGCUUUUGUUCCGAUGCGAGGAUCUGGAGCGGUACGUGAAAGAGGUGGGUAAGAGGAAGCGCAAUCUGUUGCUGGUCAACAAGGCGGAUAUGAUGACAGAGGACCAGCGAAAGGCUUGGGCGGAGUACUUCGUGGAGAACGGCAUCAACUUCCGAUUCUUCUCGGCGGAGCUGGCACGUGAGAUGAACGAGGCGAGAGAAGAUGAGGAAGAGGAUGUGGACGGCGCAGAGAGUGCCGAGGACGAGGAAGACAGCGACGAAAAUGAUGUGCUCGACGACAAUGAUGUAGCAGAAGAGAUCGAUGCCCAAGGAGGAACUAGAAUCGACCAAGAAGCAGCAAAGAUGUCGUUACAAGAAGAGCAGGAAGACGAUGAGGAUUGGGUGGAUGAGGAAUCUGUUGACCCAGCACCCCACCCGGAAGUAACACAAGACCUUGAACUCGACGGAAUCAAACUGCCCAUCGAAGAACAAACCCGCAUUUUGACCACCGACGACCUCGAAGCCCUCUUCGUCCAGCACUCUCCAACUCCCAUAGCCGCCACCUCUACCGUGCCCGAACGGAAAACGCAGAUCGGCCUCGUAGGAUACCCAAACGUGGGCAAGUCCUCUACCAUCAACGCUUUGUUGGGAGCAAAGAAGGUCUCCGUUUCCGCCACUCCAGGAAAGACGAAGCACUUCCAAACCAUCCACCUCUCAUCCCGUGUCAUCCUCUGCGAUUGUCCGGGUCUAGUCUUCCCCAACUUCGCAACCACAAAGGCCGAACUGGUGUGCGCCGGCGUGCUUCCCAUCGACCAACUACGCGAAUACACCGGCCCUGCAGCCCUCGUCGCAGCUCGCAUCCCCAAGCCCUUCCUCGAAGCCGUGUACGGCAUGCGCAUCGCCACCCGCCCCCUAGAAGAAGGCGGCACCGGCCAACCCACCGGCGAAGAAGUCCUCCGCGCCUACGCCCGCGCACGAGGCUUCUUCACCCAAGGCCUCGGCCAACCGGACGAAAGCCGCGCCGCCCGCUCCGUCCUCAAAGACUACGUCAAAGGCAAACUCCUCUUCGUCCACCCACCACCCAACACCAACCCGCCCAUCGACCCCAAAGCCUUCAACCGCGACCUCUACGACCUCGCGCACCUGCCGCAGAAACGCCGCGCCCAGAUGGCUGCCGAUGCCGACGCUGUGCUCAACGAUACCGCGGACCCAAGUCUCAUGGACGAAGGCGCCGACAUCCUCCCCGCACCAGCUCCACAAGGUCGGAAGGGAGCGAAGUUGGAUAAAGCAUUCUUCGCCCCCGGACAAGGGAAUGGGGUGGUAAACCAGCCGUUCCAUUACCAGUACUCGGAGCAAGGGUCGAAGCAGCUGAGUGGGCGGAAGCUGAAAACGGUGGCGGCGUUGGAGCAGGAUGUGGAUCCGAGUGAGGUGGCGAAGGGGAAGAAGCACUUCAAGGCGAAUAAGCGGGCGGCGAAGAAGGGGGUCAAGCAGGGGCCGAGGGGUGGGUUGGGGGAUGCGGAUUAUUGA